UCAAAGCACAAGGAUCAUUUUGGAGGACGACUGAUAAUGAGAUAUUUCUUCAUUCUGUUGCUUUCCCCAACUAUAUUCUGCUCCACUGGUUUUGAUGUUGUUCAGGAAGAAAAUGUAAAAAUAGUUGAAGCUGGCGAGAAUGUAAACUUUACCUGCAUAUUUCCAGGGCAUGUAUCAUCGACAAAAGCAUGGUUUAAACAGACGACUGUUGGAAAAUACCUACAGAUAGUGUCCUUAGAUUUCAAACAACAGCUUAAGUGGAAUCCCAACUUUGAGAAAACAAAUCGUUUUAAUGUUACCAGAGUAGAUGAUUAUUUUAAUCUGACCAUUUUAAAGACAAAGCCUUCAGACUCUGCAACAUAUUACUGUGCAGUUUCAGCAUAUCAAACCAUUGGAAUGGGCUCAGCAACUCAAUUACUUGUCAAAGAAGUAGUCUCAGACAGAAACACAACUCUUCAUCAGUCUUUGAUAGACACUGUUGAUCCAGGAGAUUCAGUGAAUUUGCAGUGCAGCAUCUUCACUGAGAGCUGUGCAGGAGAUCACAGCAUCUACUGGUUCAAGCAAAGCUCAGGACACCCUGAAGGAGUGCUUUACUCCAAAGGAGAGAGAAAUGGCCGCUGUAAGAACAACACUGAGUCUCAAACGCAGAGCUGUGUCUACAGUCUCUACAAGAACAACAUCAGUCACUCUGAUUCUGGCAUUUACUACUGUGCUGUGGAUGAAUGUGGACAAAUACUGUUUGGAAGAGGAACUCAACUGAAUAUUAGAGAAUGUAAUGCUGUAAAUCCAACUCUGAUUGCUCUAUGGAUUUUAAACAUCAUAUUUUUGGCGUACGCUCUUUUUGUGACCAUAAAACUAUGUAAGAAAGGUAAGAUAUUUAUUGGGACACUUACUGCUAACAAGUAUUUCGAAGACAUUCUGAUCUUUGCUGCCCAAAAGGAUUUGAUUGCAGGACUCGACAUGAAGUUUUCUGAAGAACAUUCAUUUGUAAAGUACAGCAUGAUCACUCAAAACAUGCCUACAAAACGCUUCAGGCCAUAAGAUCAACUCAAGCCUAAAUGUAGCUUAGUUCAUUUUCAUGAUGUGUUUGCAGAAAAUAAUGUCAGCUUAUUGUCUUUUUAAUAUAAUCUGAAAUGUCAUUUUGAACAUGUUUUAUU